AUGGAUCCCAGCGAAUUGGAGGGGCUGGCGGAGGAGGACAAGAUCAAAAUGACGCAGAUGGUGGAGCAGAUGCAGAUGCGGGACAGCCUGCGUAUGUACAACAACCUGGUGGAGAAAUGCUUCAGCAACUGCGUGGAUACGUUCCGGAGAAAGACGCUAGACAAGGACGAGGACAAGUGUAUAAGAAGGUGCGCCGAAAAGUUCUUGAAACACACGGCUCGGGUCAGCAUGCGCUUCGCAGAGUUGAACUCGGGGGCCGCCACACCUGACUAA